UUUGGAUAUACACCAGUCAAUUUCUGGUACCACCUGAAGAAACCCUUGUCACAGGUUUAGUACUAAAAGCUUAGGACUAUGGCAGGAUUAGGCUCUUCAUGUGGAGCAUGCAAAUUCCUACGGCGAAAAUGCACAAGCGAAUGCAUUUUCGCUCCUUACUUCUGCUACGACCAAGCUGCAGACCACUUUGCAGCAGUACACAAAGUGUUUGGUGCAAGCAAUGUGUCCAAGCUGCUACUACACUUACCGGUGCAAAAUCGAAGUGAUGCUGCCAUCACCAUGUCGUAUGAAGCGCUAGCUCGAAUGCGUGAUCCUGUGUAUGGAUGUGUCUCGCAAAUCUAUGCACUCCAACAACAGGUCGCGUACUUACAAGAGGAGAUCGAAACUCUUGGGAGCCAAAUGGUUGAUUUUGCAACUUGUCAUCCAAGUAAUAGCAACACAUUCGUUGACCAGUUGCAAGUAUUUUCACAACAUGAUGCUGUUGACACACAACAUAUCCAGAAUCAAUUACCAGAAUCACCAAUAUUUCCACACAUAGGAAGUGCAGCUGCCAACCAAGGGUUUAACGGUGAGAUGGAUAUAGAGAUGCCACCUUUACAGGAAUGGGAAGAAGUGAACUUAUUUGGGGAUCACUCUACACCAGAUCCUUUAAAAAGAUUUCUUGAAGGUAUGGAGCAAGACAACUUGGGAAACAAUCCAUGGCCAAAUGAGACUGCUACAUGGGAUUUAUACUAAUUAGCUUUCAAAAAAUUGCAGGAGCCAGUCCAAUAUUAGCAUAGGUCAACCAGGAGAAAAACUUGGGGUGUAACCUGAAAUUUAUCCCUUUGUCUCUAUCUCUCACAAUCACGUGAGUGUGAGAUAGAGGCAAGGGGAUAAAUCCUUGGUUUCACACUACAAUUCACAUCUAGAAAAAGACAAAUUUUCUACCAGUUUGGUUCUUCUCCCUUGGUUUUUGUUAAUCUAUUCAGGUUUUAAGUCAUAGUUGUUAAAUUUUCGUAGUGCGCAUAUGUAAAAUUAUCCUUCUAUUAAUUGUAUCGGUGAAGCAUCCUGCUCUUUAUGGUAUCUAACCCUAUUUUUAUCUUUUCCAAUAUCA